AAUCACAGCCGGACACGAAACAUACUCAAAAAAUGUAAGGCCAUUACUAGAGAAAAAGAAAYCACACAGGACGGAUCCUGCAUGGGUGGAGAAGUUGAAAGAUUUACCAAUCUCUUCUAAGCUUUUUUUGCGUCAGACUUUACGAAGAAUACUGUCUUGAGAGAGAGGUGAGCACCCUUACCAAUCUUUUCAAAGAUGAAAAAAGAAGCAAUUUUCAAGCGUUAGAAAUGAAAAUGUCACCUUGAAGAGKGAAUCAUAUUUCCGUUGACCAAAACAAGCAGUUGUUUUCUUUUARAAGUCUCUAUGUAGAGGUAAUGGAAUUUUGAAGACUUUUAAUUAAACGUGGGUUAAUAGUUCAGCGCUACACGGCAGCAGAACCGGAGAACCGGCACCGUUUGCCAGCAAGCCUUGUACAUGAUUUGAAACUAAAAAGUGCAGAAACUGGUACUCGUUCGACCUCAGAUCUCAAAGCAAUGGCAAAAGGAACCAAAUACGAACAGUUGAGGCAGCCAAAUAAGGUUUACAAAAAUCCACAAGCAAAUGCAAACUUGCUAUCCAGAUUGACCUACUGGUGGAUGAACAGUAUUUUCGUAGUAGGAAGCAACCGCCCAUUGGAGAACCACGACCUUUUCCCUUUACAUGAUGAAGACAAGACAGACAAACUCACUGAAAAACUACAACAAGAAUUCAACGAAAUCAAGAGUKUACCAGGCAAUAAAAGAUUGCAUUUACUGAAGGCGCUUAUCAAUAUGUUCCCAGGGUACUUCUAUCUAUUUACGAUAUGUGCCGGUCUUACGGGUGCUCUGUGUAAUGUUCUUCAACCAGUAUUUCUAAGUCUACUGUUGUCYCAGUUACUACAGUCUUCAUUAGUCAGCUACAAAUGGUGCUACAUCUAUGCAGGUGGUAUWUGCACCAGUGCACUUGURCGAUGCUUUGUACUGCAGCAAUUUGCUGAGAGUAAUCUAGUGACGGCAAUGAGAUGGCGAGCGGCCACUAUUGGUGUUAUUUUUAAAAAGAUAUUACGACUAAGCGAAACAACUUUGUCGCAAGUCACUUCUGGUUUGCUACUCGACCUUGUUUCAGGUGACGUUCAACGGUUCGACAAGGUUUGCUUUCUGGUUGGUUAYUUGUUGCUUAGUGUGCCUGAAGUAGCUGCUAUCAUUUGUUUUAUGUGGUAUUUGAUUGGUUGGAAGUCGUUAUCUGGUGCACUCUUCAUGCUUUUGUUGAUAUUCUACUAUUCCGUUAUGGGCGGAGUGUGCGCCAAACUCAGGCUUCGAAUGGCAAAGAUUACUGAUAAGAGAUUGGGACUAAUGCACUCGGUGGUGUCUGGAAUCAAGGCCAUUAAGAUGUAUGCAUGGGAAUGGCCCUUCAGAGAUAUGGUACAGGAGAUACGCAGGAAAGAAAUUGGUGUCUUACGUUUGCGGAGUGCUAUUCUUGCUACAUUCCCAAGCCUCCAGUUCUCGUCGACUGCCAUUGCCAGCCUAAUUUCGCUGCUUACACUUUCCGCUACUGGAACAGAACUUAACACUUACAAUGUUUUUGUCGUGGUGGCCUUACUCAGUACGAUACGCGUAUCGGUUUGUGAGAAUAUCGCUAAAGGGGCUUUUAGUGUCGGCGAAUUUGUAUCAAGUUUGGAGAGAAUUCAAACGUUUUUGGAACUCGAAGAGCUUGAACGCGUGGCAAAUAAGAAUCGCCCUGAAAGUUCUAUCAUUGACACGAGUAGAGAGUCUCUGAGCGUCGUUCCCGAGACCGUUGAGAUCGAAAGUUCUUCGUCGUCGUCAUCCGAAAAGUCCUUGCUGACGGAUUACGAGCAAGAAAGAAUGGAGAAGAACCAAAGCGUAGAGUCUCCACAGGAACGACGYAGUCGMAGAAUGCGUAAAUCCAAAGGAAGUGUAGAUCGUCUUAUGAAGUCACGGCAGCUUUCUAUCAUMAAUAUUACCUGUCACUGGAAYAAAGACUGCACUAAACCAACACUCAAGAAGAUAACCUUUGAAGCUUUUGACGGUGAACUGAUACUUGUGACAGGACCUGUAGGUUGCGGMAAAUCGUCUUUACUGUCGGCCAUUCUCGGGGAACUUCCUCUCUCGUCAGGGAAAAUAUCCUGUUCAGGAAAGGUAGUUCAUGUAUCCCAGUGUCCUUGGGUAUUCUCUGGAACAAUUCGCAGUAACAUCUUGUUCGGCAAGAGAUACGAUCCACGUAGGUACGAGGCUGUGAUAGACGCGUGUGACUUGCGCAAAGAUGUUAACUCGCUUCCUGACCGAGAUGCAACACGAAUUGGUGAACGUGGAACCAUGCUGAGUGGUGGMCAGCGGACACGUGUCGCUUUAGCACGAGCAGUCUAUGCUGAUGCAGACAUAUACCUUCUUGAUGAUCCUUUGGGUGCUGUGGAUUCUAAAGUAGGGAGGAACUUGUUUGAACGCUGUAUUCAACAAAUUCUGUCUAAAAAGAUCAGAAUUGUGGUUACACAUCAACUGCAGUAUCUCCAGAAUGCUGAUCAUAUCAUUCUCAUGAACAACGGUAAAAUAACAAAGGAAGGAAGCUACGCAGAUGUCUGCCAGUUUGAAGGAGAAUUAGCCUUCCUGACUGACAAGUCUCAUCUACAGACCCCAAGGCCUUUAUUUCGAGACAUCUCAAUGGAAGUUGAAAGCUGGAAAGAAAGUAAUUUUAUUGGAUUGCAGAUUGCUGAAGAAGAUCGGCAGACGGGCUCUAUCUCUUCCCGCUUGUACUGGAAGUACCUAACAGCAGGGGUGAARCCUUUUAUUUUAGUCAUUCUAACAAUAAUGUUUGUUGCUGUUCAAGCUUUUCUGAUUCUCCCCGAUGUAUGGUUGCUACGACUCACAAAUAUGGCUCCCGAUCAGCGACGAAAGCUGUCUAAUUUUUAUGUGUAUGGUGGACUGGUGGGCACAGCUUUGCUGCUGUCCAUCUUACGCGCUGCACUCUUCUUCUCAUCUGUAUUGAAUUCGUCGCAAAAACUCCAUGACCACAUGGUUGAAGCAGUUUUGAAAGCACCAGUUUUAUUCUUCGAUACCAAUCCCAUUGGACGAAUCAUGAAUAGAUUUUCAAAAGACAUCGGUUGCAUGGACGAGCUCCUACCCGACGUGCUUCUCGAUGCUCUCCAGCUUAUUCUGUUUUCACUGGGGGCUGUCAUUCUGCCUUCAGUGCUGAAUCCAUGGCUAAUCAUUGCAGUCAUACCUCUUGUUAUUCUUUUUGUUACUAUUGGUAAAUACUAUUUAAAAACAUCCAGAGAAGUUAAAAGACUUGAAGCCAUCAAUCGGAGCCCAGUUUACGCACACUUUGCGGAUACACUAGAAGGCCUGGUCACAAUGAGAUGUCAUCAUAUGGAAAGUGCCUUUGUGAAGAGACUGUACAAAUACCAGGACGUCCACAAUCAGUCUUGGUUCUUGGUCAUCCAGACAGUGAGAUGGCUGGCCAUAAGACUCGAUGUACUGUGUGUCAUCUUUGAGACAAUUGUUGUCAUAACUGCUCUAGCAACCCAUUCAGGGCCUGGAAUCACAGCAUUAUCUUUGAUCUAUGCAGCCCAGCUUGCAUUUGAUGCAUCUCAAGUCAGUGUCCGUCAGUGUUCCGAGGUUGAGAAUUACAUGACAUCAGUUGAACGAGUAGUUUCAUACAACGACAUUCUUCCAGAGCCUGGRUACGAGAUACAGUACGAGCCUCCCAAGGACUGGCCGCGCACAGGCGACAUGGAACUUGAUAACAUUACCCUAAAAUACUACGAYGGYGGACCUGAAGCUUUGAGUAACAUAACAUUUAAACUAGAAAACGGGCAGAAGGUGGGCGUGGUAGGACGAACCGGUGCUGGCAAGUCUUCACUUGUACGGGCUAUUUACCAAAUGCCAAAACCAGAAGGUGARAUAUACGUUGAUGGCAUGGAUCUCGGUAAAAUGAAUAUUCGUCGUGCUCGCUCCGCUAUCUCCGUUAUCUCCCAGCACCCUGUUCUCUUUACCGGUUCUCUWCGAGCAAACUUGGAUCCCUUCAACAAGUUUACUGAUGCCGARUUGUGGUCAGCUUUAGAGCAAGCCAGUCUGAAACCACUUGURUCUAGUCUACCUCAGCAACUUUCUUAUGAAAUCGUAGAAAAUGGGUCAAACCUCAGCGCUGGUGAACGUCAAUUGUUUUGCUUGGCGCGAGCACUUCUCCAAGGUAGCAAGAUCAUCAUYAUGGAUGAGGCGACAGCUAAUGUCGAUUAUCAAACAGAGAGGAUCAUCCAAGGCAAAGUCAGAGAGAACUUCAGGGCGUGUACCGUUUUAACUAUUGCUCAUCGACUGGGGAUUAUCAUCAACAGCGAYAACGUCCUAGUCAUGGAACGAGGAAGACUGGCAGAGAGUGGUAAACCAGAAGAGCUACUWCGAAACAGGAAUAGUCUUUUUACCCGGAUGUACCGCUCAUAUCAAGAAAGUGGAUUGGCUAUUGAACAAAAAUAACGACUGCUUAUGUUAUCAUAAUUUUCUCUAGAAAAAUGAARUAGAUAACAUUGAAUGACGAUAAUUGGGACUGAAUACUAAUGUUACGUAGAUAGAAAAGCCAUUAUUAGAAGACGUUCUCAACCACUCGCGACAAGCUGUAAGCUUGACUUCGUGCGAAGGAAAGUCAUAUAUUUAGUAACCAACAGAUAGCCUCGCCUGGUACUAGAUAGCCUAGGCUCCCACUGGCUAUACUAUGUGAGGUUUCUCCAGCAUUUGGCUUACAUUAGGGGAUCGAUGUUUUUCAUAUUCAUUCAUGUAAUGUACAUUAUGUUAUCUUGGUAACAAGAGUUGUUCCUUGUAUGGCGGGGAUGGUAUGAUUAGUGAGACCAAUAAAACACUGAACAAAACAGAACGUUAUCAGAGCGAUUUCGUCUCGUGGAUGAACAACUUUGGCGAUUCGACUAACUUUAAUCUGAGACCGAUUGCAAAACUCACAACAACAAAUCAGUAAGAUGAGGCCUACUCUGGGAUCCAGAAUCGUUCAAAAACUCGGGAUAGUUUGACCUGCCMCAAAAUCUUCGUUAACAGCAGAAGUGAAAAGCUUUAGUUGCUAAAGGAGAUAUUGCUAUUCUAAGCUGGCUUUGGUUUCACUAAAAGGAAAGCUUUUUCGCUUCGGUUUUAGUGAAAUAAAUGUUGGAAAUAUCACACCGCUUCGUAGUUCCAUGUGAUUCCCCCAGAGUAUUCUACUAAAUAGGUGAUUCCCAAAGGCUGAUAUUCUAAAUAAGUUUUUCAAUCAGUACGACACAUUGGUCUAYCCUGAGACUGAUGUUCUAAAKAUGGCUCUUGGCUACGUCUACCAUGGGUUCCAGGAUCAACGAUGACGUUUCCUCGUACUCACUCAAUCGACACCUGAGUUUGUGAUUAUSAUGAAGGAAAUGCAAAAUGUCGUGGASUCUAAAUKUCUUGUGUCAGAUAAGAAAUUUAGACUAAAUUUUAGAAGAAGAAAUAAUAAAAACUUGUGACGCGUGGAACUACAUUCUACAAACACAAACAAGCUUACCAAUGACGMUAUUGUUAAAAAAWWUUUUAAUCUUGGCUAUUCUAUCAUGACUAAUGCACCGUACAAUUAAAGAU